AAAAGAAAUAUGGAUAUAGAAAACUGCUCAUCUGCAAAUGAAUUCAUUUUACUGGGAAUUACCAAUAACCCUGAGGUGAAAGUGGCUCUAUUUACAGUGUUUCUACUGGUUUAUCUCAUCACUCUUCUGGCAAAUCUUGGCAUGAUCAUUUUGAUCAGGAUGGAGCCCCAGCUCCACACACCCAUGUACUUCUUCCUCAGCCACCUCGCCUUCUGUGACCUCUGCUACUCCACUGCAGCUGGACCCAAGAUGCUUACUGACGUAUUUGGCAAAAGUAAAUCAAUUUCCUUCUUGGGCUGUGCUCUGCAAUUCUUCACUGUCUGUGCCUUUGCGGAUUCCGAGUGCAUGCUUCUGGCAGUGAUGGCCUUUGACCGUUUCCAGGCCAUCAGCAACCCUUUGCUGUACUCAGUAAACAUGUCCAGCAGGCUGUGCUCCCUGCUCAUGGCUACGGUUUACGUGUUGGGAACAGCAGAUGCUUUGAUACAUACCACCCUGGCAUUCCGCUUAUGUUUCUGUGGGUCUAAUAAGAUCAACCACUUCUUCUGUGAUUUACCUCCACUUUAUCUCCUAUCCUGUUCUGACACACAAGUCAAUGAGCUUGCCGUAUUCACAAUUUUUGGUUCCAUUGAACUGAGCACCAUCGCAGGAGUCCUUGUCUCUUACUGUUACAUCAUCUCAUCAGUCUCAAAGAUCCGCUCUGCUGAGGGGAGGUUUAAAGCUUUCUCCACCUGCGCCUCCCACCUGACUGCAGUUUCAAUUUUCCAGGGAACUAUAGUCUUUAUGUAUUUCAGGCCAAGUUCUUCCUAUGCCCUAGAUGAUGAUAAAAUGGCUUCACUAUUUUACACCCUUGUGAUUCCCAUGCUGAACCCUCUGAUUUACAGCUUACGGAAUAAGGAUGUUAAAAAUGCCCUAGAAAAAAUUAAAAAUAAAUUUUUGUUUUAA